AAAUGCCAAAAACUUGACGUUAGCUGUCACAUUAACAUUUCUUGAAAAUAACAAUUAAUAAUAGAUUUUGGAAGUUCUGUUGGAAGAAUAUUCUUGAAGAAAAAUUGGGAUAUUCCUAUAGUCCGCUUAAUUCACGAGAUCACUGAGAGUUUGAUUAUUUAUUGAAAUGUUUUUCAACUUUGUAGUUUUCAGACUAUAGUGAAGUGAGGGAUGAUUUAAUAAUGGUGGAUAAAAAUGACAAGACAAUUGCGUAAAAUUUAAAUAUGAGGUGGAUAACUCAUUUAGAAGGGGGGCCAAAGAGGGUUAAUCAUGCAGCUGUAUCAGUGGGGCACAAAAUUUACUCUUUUGGAGGUUACUGCACCGGUGAGAACUCCAGGGAGUACACAUCUAUGGAUGUUCAUGUCUUGAAUACAACAACAUUCAGAUGGACAAAACAUCCUGUUAGUGAUUUGCCUUACUUCGAAAAUGAUGAUAUUCUUCCUUACAAGCGUUACGGUCACACAGCUGUAGUUUAUGGUGAUAAGAUUUACAUAUGGGGAGGGCGAAAUGAUAGAGCAUCAUGUGCUGUUCUUUUUUGCUUUGAUACUGUCUGGCAUUGCUGGACAGCGCCAGCAGUCACAGGAAAUAUUCCUUUAGCUAGAGAUGGGCAUACAGCUUGUGUAUGGAACCACUGUAUGUAUAUUUUUGGAGGGUAUGAAGAAGCAUCUGAUGCUUUUGCACGAACAGUGUUCUACUUAGAUCUGAGAAAAAUGCAUUGGCGUUAUGUGUGCACUACUGGCAGUGAACCUUCUGUGCGAGACUUCCAUACAACUGUUUGUAUCAAGAAUAAAAUUUACCUUUUUGGUGGGAGAGGCACUACUUAUGUCAUGGAUUCGUUCACUAACAUUGUUGAAACUUAUUCGAAUGUUCUUUGGUGUUUUGAUCUGAACACCUAUACCUGGUAUAGGCCUCUGGUGGUUGGUGAUAAACCCUGUGGAAGGAGGAGUCACUCAGCAUUUGUGUACAAUGAUAAGAUGUACAUCUUUGGGGGAUAUAAUGCACUACAGGGUAAACAUUUCAAUGACCUGUAUGAAUAUGAUCCAAAGCAAUUACGUUGGACAAGAAUCAGGGCUUCUGGAGAGGAACCAUGUGAAAGACGCAGGCAAGCCUGUGUUUUAGUUGGGAAUCGUGUAUUCUUAUUUGGGGGCACAAGUCCGCUUCCGAACUUUUGUGAAAAUGGGCAAGAUAUUGAAGAUAGGCUUAUAGAUCACAGUGAUAUGCUGAUAUUAGAUUUUGCUCCAACAUUAAGGACUCUUUGUAUGGUAGCUAUUAGGAAAUAUGGACUAGAUGACACAGUCCUACCACACAACCUGAAAAUGGACCUGAAAAAUAUGUUCAGCCCGAACAAAAUAAGUCUAAUACGGCCUAGUAGUUCAGCUGGAUAAUUGCUCAAGAAAAGUGUUCUGAAAGUAUAUUGGAUAUUUUUCCUAACUAUACUAACAUUGGUUUUUUUUUCUUUUACGGGUAAUUAUUUUUCAGGAAUAUCGAUAAAUUGUCAUGUAGUAGAUGAUGCUAUUUUCUGAGUUGUGAGAAAUGUUUUUGAAUUUCUCAUUGGCAAAAAGUCUGAAAAUCGUUUUUCAAUCGAAAUACAAUAAUGGUAAUUUUCAAUUAGUCAAUUGAAUUAGAAUUUACUUGAAAUGAAACUAGAUGAAUGAAUCAAGCUCAGAACUAGUUGAUAAAAUUAAACACUGCGUAAAUUAUUGAAGUACUUAGAAACUCUCAGAGCUAGUUUUGAUGAGAAUUUCGAUUGAGAAAAAUUAAUCUUAGCGGUUCUUAAAUGUGAUCUGAAUGACUUGGUGCCUGCCUACUCAGUUUGUUUUCUAUAGGAAUGUGUACAUAGAUAUUUUUUCUAUAAUAAUUUAUUUUAUUUAGUAACUGUUAUUGCAGUAUUCGCAUAGUUUCAAUGAAAUUGUUGAAUUAGAUUCUUUAUGUUUUAACGGUUCUUGUAUGUCCCUUUAGUCUCAAAGAACUAUAUUUGUACAUUGAUAUAUUUUAAUAAAAUCACCUAUAUUA